AUGCCAAUGGAUUUUCAACCUACAUCAAGUCACUCAAACUGGGUCGUGCAAAAGUUCGGUGGUACUUCUGUCGGCAAAUUUCCCGUCCAAAUAGUGGAUGACAUUGUGAAACACUAUUCUAACCCUGAAGGUCCAAACAAUGAUGUCGCUGUCGUUUGUUCAGCCCGUUCCUCAUACACCAAGGCUGAAGGUACCACUUCUCGUCUUUUGAAAUGUUGUGAUUUGGCUUCGCAGGAAUCUGAAUUCCAAGACAUUAUCGAAGUUAUUAGACAAGAUCAUAUCGAUAAUGCUGACCGUUUCAUUCUCAAUCCGGCCUUGCAAGCCAAAUUAGUCGACGAUACCAAUAAAGAACUUGAACUGGUUAAAAAAUACUUGAAUGCUUCAAAAGUUUUGGGUGAAGUGAGUUCACGUACUGUAGAUUUGGUGAUGUCAUGUGGUGAGAAGUUAAGCUGUUUGUUCAUGACUGCCUUAUGUAAUGACCGUGGCUGCAAGGCCAAAUACGUGGAUUUAAGCCACAUCGUUCCUUCCGAUUUCAGUGCCAGCGCUUUAGAUAACAGCUUCUACACUUUUCUUGUUCAAGCAUUAAAAGAAAAACUCGCUCCCUUUGUAAGUGCUAAAGAGCGUAUUGUUCCAGUCUUUACAGGCUUUUUUGGUUUAGUUCCAACCGGUCUUCUAAAUGGUGUUGGUCGUGGCUAUACCGAUCUAUGUGCCGCUUUGAUAGCAGUCGCUGUGAAUGCUGAUGAACUACAAGUUUGGAAGGAAGUUGAUGGUAUAUUUAGCGCGGAUCCUCGUAAAGUUCCCGAAGCACGUUUGUUGGAUAGUGUCACUCCAGAAGAAGCUUCUGAAUUGACAUAUUAUGGUUCCGAAGUUAUACAUCCUUUUACUAUGGAACAAGUUAUUAGAGCUAAGAUUCCUAUUAGAAUCAAGAAUGUUCAAAAUCCGUUGGGUAGUGGUACCAUUAUCUACCCAGAUAAUGUAGCAAAGAAGGGUGAAUCUACUCCACCACACCCUCCUGAGAACUUAUCCUCAUCCUUCUAUGAAAAAAGAAAAAGAGGUGCCACUGCGAUUACCACCAAAAAUGACAUUUUCGUCAUCAACAUUCAUUCCAAUAAGAAAACACUAUCCCAUGGUUUCCUAGCCCAAAUAUUUACUAUUCUGGAUAAAUACAAGUUAGUUGUGGAUUUGAUAUCUACUUCCGAAGUUCACGUUUCGAUGGCUUUACCAAUUCCAGAUGCGGACUCAUUAAAAUCCCUAAGACAAGCCGAGGAAAAAUUGAGAAUUUUAGGUUCUGUUGAUAUUACAAAGAAGUUGUCUAUUGUUUCAUUAGUCGGUAAACAUAUGAAACAAUACAUCGGUAUUGCUGGUACUAUGUUUACCACUCUUGCUGAAGAAGGCAUCAACAUUGAAAUGAUUUCUCAAGGGGCUAAUGAAAUAAACAUAUCCUGCGUUAUCAAUGAAUCUGACUCCAUAAAAGCAUUACAAUGUAUUCACGCGAAGUUACUAAGUGAGCGGACAAAUACCUCAAACCAAUUUGAACAUGCCAUUGAUGAACGUUUAGAACAAUUGAAGAGACUUGGAAUUUAA